AUGCGUUUACCAUCUCGCGUACAACUUCCCUUCCUUGCCUUGCAGAUUUUACUUUCUUUCGACCCAUCACCUCCAUGGAACUUAUUUGGUGCCUUCGCCAUCGCCUUGUUCUGCUUGCUCAUCAUAAGCCCGAGCGUGUUUGUGAGCUUGAACAUUGAUACUGGCGUCGGCUACGUAGACUACAUGCUAGGAUCUGUCGUCAUGACCUAUGCAGUGCAAAGCUUUUAUUUACUCUUACUGGGGAGACCAUUGAAAAAUUUCAAGUCUGUAGAGAACAAGAACGGAAAAGUGCACGAACGUUGGUGGAAAAGGAUCUUCCACGUUGUUUGUGUCACGCAAUCACCGCGGGGAGUUGGAUGGAACUAUCAGGUGAAACACAUUCCUGCUGCCCCACAACAACCCAGAUAUUUGUUCAUCCUCACCUCCUCCCUGCGUGCUGCCUGCCACCUAGUCCUCUUUGAAGUCGCACGGCUGUAUGUUUGGUACAACCCUGCGUGUUCAUCGGUUACGGUUGGGACACGAAGCUAUGUGGCGCGGUGUGCUGACGCAAUUGUAUUCAUUGGGCUCACAUACUGGGCCUUGAACGCUUGCUACUUCGCAAUGGCAGCAGGGAGUGUCGCUCUCGGAUUGCACAAGCCAAGAAUGUGGCCUGACGUGUUUGGGUCUUGGCGAGAUGGAUAUACCGUUCGACGAGCUUGGGGGAGAACAUGGCAUCAGAACUUGAGAUGGUUCCUCGCCCCUCUUGGUAAAGCGGCAUCAUCUGUCCUUGGGUUUAAGCGUGGUACACCAGGAUCAUCAUACGUACAGAUCUACGUUGCGUUCUUAUUAUCGGGCCUCGUACAUACAGGAGGGGAUAUCGUGCUCUCUGGAUCCUCCACCUCCGCUGUCUCACGACCGUUUUUCUCGAUGCCAUUCUUUUUCAUGCAAGCAGUCGUUAUUACCCUUGAAGACGCGUUAAUCCGGACCGGAAGACGACUGGGAGUUAAGGACAGCUUUUGGACGAGAGCCUUGGGGUUUGUUUGGGUCGCGAUAUGGUUUGGGUGGUGUGUGCCCGGAUUUGCCGAGGAUAUGAUCAGGGCAGGUGGGGGGAUAAGGAAGUCUGCCAGCAGAGUGGGUGAGAAUAAUAUGGGCCCCAAUCUGGUGCAAGCCGCGAUGGUUGGAUUGUUUGGAUUUGAUGUUGGGGAGUUUGCUGAAUCAUGGUUUGGGGCAUGA